AUGUACAAAGUUCAAUUGAUUAUUCCAGCUCAAAGGCAGGUCAAAUCUUUUCAAAUUUCUCAAGUUUGUUUUUAAGAAUAAAUCUAAUGAUCUCUAAGUGAAGUGUAUUUGUCAACUCAGUUAGCCACAGUUUACAGUAGGCACUUCUUUCUUCUUCCAAAAGAGUUUCUGUGGCAGUGAGAAAACCCAGAAGCUAGAAGGUAUGUUGUGCAACUUCCAAACCUUUCGGCCCUUCUGAUACUCCAAGGAUGAUAAAUACUGGAUCAGGCUUCUGGAUUUUCAUUUGACAGUUGAGACCAGGGAAAAGAAAAUCCUGUUGCUGUUAGAAAUCGAUGCACAGUCGAAGAGUGUGGGUAGUCCCGGUCUCAUUCAGCCACUGGAACAACAACUGAGGUAUGGGAGGAACGCAGUCCACACCUGAACAACCUCCAUUUCUUUCCACACCAUGGAGGACAAUAAACUGGAAAGACUACCAGAACCCUCUGCAGUAUGUUGAAAGCUACAAACUUCCGUCAGAAGGAAAGCAGAUCAGGAUUCUUCUUCAUGGGCCCGUUGGAGCUGGAAAGUCCAGUUUCAUCAACUCCGUCCAAAGUGUCUUACAUGGCAGAAUAUACGUUCAGGCCUUGUCAGACACUGGCUUUAAAUACAGUUUCACCGAAAAGUAUACGGCCUACAAGAUCCAGAAAUUGGACCAGAGGUCCUUUUACCCUUUUGUCUUCAAUGACAUCAUGGGUCUGAGCCCAAUAAAUGGUGUCCUGGUGGACGAUGUUAAACUGGCUUUGAUGGGACACGUGAAGGAAGGUUACAAGUUCAACAUUGAAUCUAAGUUGUCAGAUGCUGAUCCACACUACAUCAAAUCUCCAACAGAUAACGACAAAGUGCACAUUCUGGUUUGUGUAAUAAAUGCUGACAAUUUAACUCUGAUGCAUCAAGCCACUCUGCAGCAGAUUCGAGAGAUUAGAGGGAAAGCCAGUGAACUGGGGAUUCCUCAAGUCGUCAUUCUAACCAAGAUUGAUAAAGCAUAUCCUGAACUCAAAGAAAAUCUGAGGAAUGUCUACAAGGUUGCUUCCCUGAAGAAGAAGAUGGAGCAGUUCAGUGCAGAUGUUGGAAUCCCAAUGAACUGCAUGUUCCCUGUGAAGAACUACUCUGAAGAAAUCGAGCUCAACAGUGACACGGACUGCCUGAUCCUGAGCGCGCUGAGAAACAUCAUCAACUUCGGAGGAGACUGCGUCAACUUCCGCACGAAUCCCUCAGGACGUUUAGACUGAUAUGUUUGAACACAACAUUAAAAGUCUUAUUACCAUAAAGGAUUGACAUAUUAAUGAACUCUGGCUACCAAUAUAUUUCUAGCUCUAUAUUCUUAUUCCAAUUGUGUGUCUUGGUAUGAUAUACAGUGAGAAAAAACAAAACCUUUUCUCCUUCAGUUAAAGGGAUACUUCAGCCGUUGAAACAUGAAUCUGUGUUGACAUUGGGUCAUAUAUGUAGAAAUGUGAAAUACAUUUUGAAGUUGGUGCCUUCUUGGCCGUGAAAAGGCAGAAAGUGUCUUUUUGGCUCAUGUUGAUGAAAGACACCAAAUCCCAGAAUGCACAGCAGGUCUUGUGCCUCGGCUGCAGCAGCCGCCUCCUGUUCCUCCGGUUAUAUUGCGGCUCGUAGAGAUAGCCACAAACAUCCGAUUCGAGCACAAGACCUUCAAAAUCCCCUUCAUCCAUAUCAGUUUGAAGUUGAAACAUACUUUCCGCCAUCGUCGGUUCUUCUCAUCUUUCUCCACAGAGCCUGUUAGCAUAGCUUCCAAGCAAUAUGGCGGACGUUGCGUUUAGACUCUGGGAGUGAGUUCCCACCCACUGAUCUGUAAUAGGUCUGUAGUUUCAGUGCCAUCAGUCUGGAUCUGAUGUUUGAACAUUAUACUGUCUAAAGAACGGUCUGAAUACUUCUCCUCUCACCACCAGCGAGGUCAAUAAAUCACUUGUUUGUUACUA